AUGAUAGCAGAACCUGCUUUUCUCUCUGAGUAUACUAUCUUUGCUUUGGAUCCCACCCAACAACCUAAGCCACAGAGUGACGGUGUGAACUUAACUAAACAACCACUUCCCAGAUCCACAGAGAACAACGGAAGUGGAGCAGCUUCCCCGCAGCCAAACGACACUCAGUCUUUUGCCCAGAGGCUUCAGCUCCGAGUUCCCUCCAUGGAGUCUUUGUUUCGAAGCCCAGUAAAAGAGUCCCUGUUCCGGUCUUCUUCUAAGGAGUCCCUGGUACGAACUUCUUCAAGAGACUCAUUGAAUCGACUGGACUUGGAUGCAUCUGGUCCCACCUUUGAUCCACCUUCUGACAUUGAAAGUGAAACAGAAGAGCCUCCAGGAAAUAUGGACAGCCUCAGCAAAGAGCAGUUGCUGCAGCGGCUGCGCAGAAUGGAGCGCAGUUUGGGCAACUAUAGGGGAAAAUACUCAGAGCUGGUGUCAGCUUAUCAAGUUAUCCAGCGGGAGAAGAAGAAGCUACAGGGCAUUCUGAGUCAAAGUCAGGAUAAAGCACUUCGCAGAAUUGGAGAACUGAGAGAGGAGCUCCAGAUGGAUCAACAAGCUAAGAAACAUCUCCAAGAGGAAUUUGAUGCUUCCUUAGAAGAAAAGGAUCAACUUAUCAGUGUCCUGCAAACGCAAGUAUCAUUGCUGAAACAGAGGUUACAGAAUGGUCAGAUAAGCACUGAAUUGCCUGAUCCAAAUAUCCAAUCUGAACCACAAGCUCAAAGUCCAACAGAAGGAAUCAGUACAGAAAAUACUGUGGAACCAGGAAGCAAUGGAAAUUCUGUUAAAACAUUGGAAACUCUUAAUCAGAGGGUGAAGCGCCAGGAGAAUUUGCUGCAACGUUGUAAGGAGAUGAUUCGGUCACAUAAGGAGCGCUGUGCCCAGUUAACCAACGAGAAAGAGGCACUUCAAGAACAAUUAGAAGAGAGGCUUCAGGAACUGGAGAAAAUGAAGGACCUUCACAUGGCUGAGAAGACUAAACUGAUUACACAGCUGCGUGAUGCAAAAAAUUUGAUUGAGCAGCUAGAACAAGACAAGGGCAUGGUAAUUGCAGAGACAAAGCGACAAAUGCAUGAGACUUUGGAAAUGAAGGAGGAGGAGAUAGCCCAACUGCGUGCUCGGAUCAAACAAGUAACUACAAAAGGCGAGGAAUUAAAAGAACAGAAAGAAAAAUCUGAAAGAGCUG